AUGGGUGCCACUACCCUGUUAAGCUACCUGGAAACAGCCGGUACCAUACCCCACCUCUGGGCUUGCGAACUCAUCGCAAAUUGGACUCAAGCCAAGGCACACAGCUGGUGGCUUCGCCUUCACUUCAGCACACCUGAUUUCCAUCUGAGUAGUAAGUCGCAGGCCUGUUCUUUGUGGCUAAUGGACGUUUUGGAGAAGUCGACUGAUUCACGCGCUGCAAUCAUGUCUGCCCUUUGCGAAUGCUGCCGCCUGAAGUCUAUCGCUCUUCUGGAAGGGUGGGGUGCUAUUCACUUUGGUUCAAAGGAGCGAUUGAGCAAGAACUACCACUUUGGCAAGCCGGUGUUCGGGCCUGCUUUACCUUACAAGGCUGCUUGGUCAGCCACACCGGCGGUCACUGCCCAGCGUGCAUUUCUCGAUCGCUGGUACAAGGGAUUAGCCACAUCCGAGCAGCCUAUCGAGGCAAUGGAGCAGUCUGCUGUCACAGCGUUCUAUUCAGAGUGGGAGCCGUUGGAUGUGCGACCUCUACGGUUUGUGUCGCAUCAAGCUGCAAUGAACUACGCCUAUUAUGUCGUGUCGCGCCUUCUUCUAAGCCAAAUCGCCAUUGAAGAUCCCGAGUGUCGUUCGCCAAACUCUUACGUGGACUCGAUUCAAGAAGCUAAUUCCUGGGCCUUUAUGCUUGCACGUAUAACCGCAGGCCUAAACUGGACCGAUUGUACGAGACUGAACACAUUUGUCAUUGGACUUUCCACGCUUUUCCUGCCAUGCGCUUUAGGUCCUUUAGACAUCAGGAUCAGUCUGUGGAUGCAAAACUGGCUAGAGCAGAGAUACGCUACCGACGCACUGGAGGAAGGUAGCUUCCCUGUGCUGCAAAGUCUACAAGCGCUCCGCAUCGUCCAUGGAGAGCGACGUAAAGGCCGCAUAUCAGAUGUCUUGUUUUCUUGCAUCGAGGACGAAGGUGGCGCUGGCAAGUAUGGCUCGUACAAUAGUCAGAACUUCACAUCACUAUUGGUAUACGGGCACGACAUCUCCACAGGACAAGCCUUCUCACGCACUGUCGGUAUCUAA